AUGUCUUUUUCAGGCUCUCCUUCACCCUUCGUCAGACUUGGACAAGUGCUGAAAUACAGCAAAAAUCCAUCAACAAGACCAAAGAGAUUUGAUACAGGUCUUUAUCAUGAUACUAUAAUUUUAACAGGAAACCAAAGAAGUUUUUCGGAGAGAAAAACAAAGAGAAAGUGGAUGCCAAACGUUGCUUGGGUCAAACUCUACAGUGAAGCUCUAGACACUAGAAUUCAAUUAAAGGCAACAGCAAAGGCACUACGUUGUAUUGAUAAAGCCGGAGGCCUCGAUAAUUACUUACUGAACACAAAGUCUGAGGAUGUCUCAUCAAGAUUCGGUAAUUGGUUGAAGAAGAAGAUUAUCAAACAACAAAUUGAAAAUAAGAGAGUACAAGGAUUGAACGAAAAAUUGGAAGAAACAGCCCAAAGUUUGGCUCAAUUCUUGAAGGAAAAUCCAUCCGAAUAUGAAAAAGUGGUACAAUUUGAACAACAACAAUCAAGCGGAGAACAUUUGGUCUCUUACUUCAAUAGUCUCUCUCCAGAACAACAAGAUCGUUUGUUAACAUUACAACAAUUAGAAAUUCAACAACUUGCACAAAACAAAAAGAAGAGAGAAUUCUUGAACCGCUUGCAAAAAAAAGAAGCCAAAGCUAAUGAAGAAGGAAACAAAAUUAGCGAAUGCCAGAAAGUAUGUCUACGACAUUCACUUGAACCCAGAGAUGAAAAAGAAACUCGAAGAAAGAAGAAAGAGAAACAUCGAAGAGUUCCAAAGGCUUCAGAAAUUGGGAAAGAUUCAAGAAGAGGCCACUCAAGAAAUUGUUUAAACAUUUGGUUCGACAUAUCAAACUCUACAAUUGGAUACCAUCAUAAAUGGAAUAGAAAAUUCUUUGAAAAUUUGAUUAUCAUUAGAAACUUACAACUUCUCCUAGAUUCAUUCAUACUAUUAAAACAGCAGUAUUGUGUUCAAGUGUCAAUUGAUUUCAGGUUCUACUUGUUCCUCUUUUGA